AAACUGUGCUAUCUGCGCCGGCUUUACUUCUGGUUGUAAUUAUCAUACCAAGCUUUGCAGCGAUGUUCUGCAACCGAGGCAACAGAAAUCUCCCACCGAGGGAACCGGGAUUACUCUUCGUAGGAAACGUGGAUAUGAAACCUGAAUCACCGUACUUCCUCGAACUCCAGAAGAAACAUGGAGAUUUGUUCACACUGAAGAUAUUUGGUCAAACGAUCAUCGUGGUUUGUGGUCAUGACACAAUUAAAGAGGUGAUGGUCAAGAAUGGAGAAAUAACGUCCGGUCACCCCGUAGCUUUCGGAUUUACGGAGUAUUUCGAACUUUCAGGUAUUGCUGGAGGAUCUGGAUCCAUUUGGAGAAAUCAGAGGAAAUUUGGGCAUGAUGCAUUACAAGCUAUCGAUUCUGGAAGUGAUAAUCUUGAAUCCCGCGUUUCAGGGGAAGUGGCAGAUUUCCUCCAAGAGGUAGAGAAAAUGGAAGGCAAACCGUUCGAUGUAAGCAGACUCAUAAAAACAAGCCACUACAACAUAAUAUCGUCUCUUCUCUUCGGGGAAAGAUUUGCCCACAGCAACACCAAUCUUACUCAACUCGUGGAUUUAGUAGACGAAGCCAUGACCAUCUUUCCUGAACAAGGGAUUCUGGGCUUCGUCGAAUGGCUGAAGUAUCUUCCUGGAGAUCGUUUUAAGGUCAGACGAAGACGAUUCCUGGUAGACGAAAUCUUCAAAAUCGUUCAGAAAUCAGUGGACGAGCACAAAGAAACGUUGGAAAACCCCAAAAGCCAAGAUUUUAUCUACAGUUUCUUGAACGAACAGAACAAGAGAAAAUUGAAUAAUGAAGAUAUGACAGGGUUUGGGGAUAGAGAUCUCCUGAUAAUGGGCUAUGUACUGUAUUUUACCAGUACACCGUCAGUUCACGAAUUAUAUUGGUACAUUUUGUUCCUCAUCCAUAACCCAGAUGUGGUUGUACGCAUGCGCAAAGAAAUACAGGAAAAUGUUGGGAUGAACAAAUCCGUGACUAUGGCAGACCAAAUCAAGCUUCCUUACUGCCGGGCCGUGAUGUAUGAAGUCCUGCGUGCGUCUGUUACUGUCGUCGUCCCUCCUACACAUACAUUCUCAGAGGAUAUCGAGGUCAAAGGUUUCACGCUGCCAAAAGAUGCUUGGUUAAUGCCGGCAUUAUGCACCGUCAACCUAGAUCCAGCUAUUUUCCCCGAACCAGAGAAAUUUAAACCAGAGCGAUUUCUGAAUGAGAAUGGGGAACUGGCUGGUUAUGAGAAGGUGUAUGCUUCAUUUUCUCUAGGUCCGAGAGAUUGUUUGGCCAAGAACCUUGGUAAAAUGGAAAUGUUUCUUUUCCUCACAACACUGGUGCAGAACUAUGAUAUUGAAAACGAGACCGGGAAACCUCUGCCCUCUCUGGAUGGGAUGUCAAGUGGAUUUCGUACUGCCAUUCCCUACGAAGUUUGUUUGAAAAAGAGAAACUAAAUCAACGGGCGAUAAAAGCCAUCGAUUAUGCAUUUAAUGUAUUUUUCUGCUUUUGUUUUAUAAUAACAUUAUUUAUUUUUACGGAUAUGUACCACGAAUCAUGAAUUAGUGCGUCUGAAGAAAUAUGUCUCUGGAUUUCAUUUGAAGAUGCAUUGAUAGUAACUUUCUGGUGUAUAAGCGAUGGUGACUUUAAGAUAUGAUAUCAUUACAAUAGAACGUUAUCGAGUUUUUAAUUGAAAGUGCAUACAUGUAUUUAUAAAGCAACAUCAGUGUUUUUGUGAAUAAUGUUGUAAAUGUGCCGUUGAAGAGUAAA